UUGGCAGUUUAAAUGCCAUUAUAAAAGGCAACUUUUGACCGGUAUAUUAGAAACCAUAAAUAAUAAGAUUCUAUCCUUGUAUUUCAUUCAAUUCUAACUAUAACAUGUAUACACAUACGCUUAGUUUUAUAAGGAUUUUUCAGGAAUGAAAUUCGAAUGCAUUUAAUGAGUAAACUCGUAAACUGAUUGGUCAACGGAUGCAUCUGAUGCACCAGGAGCAACCAAUCGUGUUCUGCGGUCUGCCACGUUUCCGGGUUUGUCGCGUUGUCACAUAUGAGUUGCGGGAAAAGUUAGCACGCCGUGCACAGUUCGGUCACGGUUCCAUCCGUGUUAGAAAGUUUAUUUCGUUGAUCAAGUAUGCAAAUAUUGCGGCAAUUAGAUGUGCACCCGAAGGUGCGCGAAGAAGCGGAUAUUCUCGUGCGAACUUUUAGUGGUGCCAUCGUGACGAUUAUUAGUACCAUUAUCAUGGCCAUUUUGUUUCUAACUGAACUGAAUUAUUAUCUUACACCAACCCUUAGUGAAGAACUGUUUGUAGACACGUCAAGGGGUUCUAAAUUGAGAAUUAACUUGGACAUAGUGGUUCCUACAAUAUCCUGUGAUCUUCUAUCAAUAGAUGCAAUGGACACAACAGGUGAACAACAUUUGCAAAUAGAACAUAAUAUAUUUAAAAGACGGUUAGACUUGCAUGGUAAACCUAUAGAAGAUCCACAAAGAACAGAUAUUACUGACACUAAAGCACUUAGCAAAACAACAACAAAGAAAUCUAAUUUUACACAGUCAGUGGAAAGUACUACUGUUGAAACAUGUGGGGAUUGCUAUGGAGCUGCUACUGAUAAACUCAAGUGUUGUAAUACUUGUGAUGAUGUAAGAGAAGCUUAUAGUCAUAAGAAUUGGGCUCUUCCUGAUCCAGCAACAAUCAAACAAUGUCAGAAUGAUAAAUCAGUAGAGAAAAUGAAAACUGCCUUUACUCAAGGGUGUCAGAUCUACGGUUAUAUGGAAGUGAAUAGAGUAGGAGGAAGCUUCCACAUUGCACCAGGCAAUAGUUUCUCAGUUAACCAUGUACAUGUGCAUGAUGUUCAGCCAUAUACAUCAACUCAAUUCAAUAUGACCCAUAAAAUUCGCCACUUAAGCUUUGGGCUAAACAUUCCAGGAAAGACAAAUCCCAUAGAUGAUACCACUGUAGUUGCAAUGGAAGGUGCGAUGAUGUUUUAUCAUUACAUCAAAAUUGUGCCUACAACUUAUGUGCGUGCCGAUGGUUCCACGUUAUUAACAAAUCAGUUCUCGGUAACUCGACACGCCAGACAAGUGCCCCUAUUUAGUGGUGAAUCUGGUAUGCCCGGAAUAUUCUUUAGCUAUGAACUAAGCCCAUUGAUGGUAAAAUAUACGGAAAAAGCAAAAUCAUUCGGUCAUUUCGCCACAAACUUAUGCGCGAUUAUUGGGGGUGUAUUCACUGUUGCUGGGUUGAUCGAUUCGUUGCUGUAUCACUCGGUUAAAGCGAUACAAAAGAAAAUAGAACUAGGAAAGUACAGUUAAAACUUAGAUCGAUUUGCUAAUGUGAAAAGUAUUGUAAAAUUUCCAAUGAUAUUUUUCAUAACGACGGAUAAUUUAAGCUAUGAAUGCCUGCUGUAAAGUAGCAUGAUCUUUUUAUCCAGUAAUCGGGCGUAUUGACAAGAAAAAAGGCUAAUGUAAUAACAUAAGAUUUAUUGAUCUUUUGUAUUACCUCAAAUAAUACUGGCACAUUUCUGUGUAAAAUAUAUAAUGCUGUACAUAAAGAUUUAUAGAAGUAUUUAAGAGUCUUUAAUAUUUAAGUAAAAAUGACAAAUACAAUAAAGAUUAUGUUAUUACUUUAAAAGAAAACUAUAAUACAAUUGUAUAUGCAUUAACUAUUUCUUUAUAUAUUAAAAGCUUUUUAAGAACAAAUUGUAAGUAUCAAUAGAACAUUUUGCAACAUUAUUACAAAAAUCAACAUCUGUACCAGUAACCAAGACCUUAGGUGAAACAUACAAUGGUUUCAAAGGAUCAUAUUGAUCUUUUUGUAAGUGUACUAAUAAUUCAUGCCUCCGUUGAAGUCUAUGUUGUCUACAUAGUAAGAUUAUUGGCUGUACAGCAAUAGUUUUGUGGGACAAUUUCAUUUUGUUAUGAGCAUAAUCAAAAGUUUUUACCACUUCAACCUUAGCUGCAAUUAAAAUGAAAAAUCAUAUAAAACAAA